UUACGUGAAGUUCAGUUGACGCUGACAAGAUUUCGAUCGGAAAAUGUGGCUAACAAAACCUAUAAAAUAACAAACGUUAUAUCUUCUUGAACGAAAGUUUGCUUUGAACAUAGCUCUGCCUCACCGAUAGUUUUAAAUGCGCUUGUUUGACGGCGGUUUUCAUUAGUCUUCAUGUCAAACCUUUCAACGAAACGGCGAAGUUUUUUAAACAUGUCUUCCAAAUUCAACUUCAGCUUUAGGAAAAGGGAGAAGGGAACAUUUAGGAAUAUAGCUCAUGGCUUGAUUCCUGCUGCCACCAUUGCUCCCAGACCCGCUGUACCCCGCACUCCCCCUCCACGCAGCCCCAACCCCUCUCCAGAGAGACCCAGGUCUGCCUUGGCAGCUGCCAUAUUAUCCUCUUCCCUAAUGGGCCGCACCGUUGCCAUUCCACCUCCACGCCAAAGGUCUUACUCUGAGAGUGACUGCUCACACACAGACAGCCCAACCGGCUUUGAGACCUACGCUGCCACAGCACUUUAUAGCAGGGACAGAUGGGCAGGUUCAAUGACAGGAAGGCCCCCUGUGCCUUCCCCAGGACACACUGAUGAUGAGGAGGAUGAUGAUGAGGUGGAGGGUCUAGAUAUAGAUGAAGAUCAUGUGUAUCAGUCCCUUGAGCGACAGAACAGAGCUGAUGACAGCAAUGUUGUUUACGCUACGGCAUUAAAACACAGGAAGGUUAUGAACACUUCAGAUGCUGAUGAAGAGACUGAAGACUCUGCAUUUGAUAUUGUGUCUCCUUUACAGACUGAAGAAGAAAUCGUGGUACCAGAAGGGGCCACUCAAAUGCAGCCAUCAUCGCCACAACAUCCAAGAUCCCUCUCACAUGGGAGCAUGGCGUCUCCAGAUCUUAAUUAUGACUUGAGUGUUCAGUCUCAUAAAUCAACAUUGAAUACUCCUAAGAGAAAGACUUCACGUCCAGUUAGAGAGAAAGAGAGAGACAUUAAUUCAGAGGCUGGUGAAGUGUUGCGCUGUGCGCUAGACAUGCAGCAAGCGCUGGUAAGGGAGCUGAAAGAGCAGACUCAUAUUCUGGCUCAGGAAAAGGAGAGGCUGGAGAGAAGAUGUUUACAACAGAAUCAGCAGAUAGAGAAACUGCAGCAGGAGCUCUCUCAGACUCACACAGAGAGAGGAAACUCCACAGAGGAGACCUCUGAGUUGAUGAGUUUAAGACAGCAAGCUCAGGAGCUGGUGGAUGAGAAUGAUGGAUUGAAGAUGACAGUCCACCGUCUUAACGUCGAGCUCAGCAGAUACCAGGCCAGAUUCCGACCACUUACCAAGGAUGAGAAUGCUCCACUUAAAGGCCUGCCAGUGAAAGGACCUGCACCUCCAUGGCUGCUGGAUAUAAAAUACUUAUCACCCCUUCUGCUGGCCUAUGAGGACCAGCUGAAUGACAGGGACAAACAUCUCAAGUCCUGUGAGGAAGAGCUUCAGAGUCUAAGAGCAUGUGCAGAAGAGGUCAUUCAGGAAAAUAAAAAACUUCAUACUCAGGCAAACAAAUGCACUGUCAGCAACAAAGAAUGGAGGCAAUUGCAGGAGCAAGCUCGAUUGGUUUUGGAGGAGAAUCAGGUGUUGAUAGACCAAUUGGAACUACAGCAUACCAAAGCCAAGGAGGCUCACAGCAAACACACACAGGAGGUGUGUAAGGUCUCCAAACAGAUGAUGCUGUUGGAAUCUGAGAAGCAGGCUCUGGAAAAAGAGCUAGAGGUGGAGAAAAAAGGGCAUUGUGCCCUGAAGACAGAGUUUCACAGGAUGCAGUUGGCUCUUGAAAACUCUUUGAGCUUGGUUGAGCAUAAAGCUGUGACGGACAAACUUAAAAGACAGCUUGAGGAGCAUGAGAAAGUGAAACAGUCUGAGGUUGAAGACUUGUUGGUUCGUGUGAGUGCCCUGGAGACAGAGAAAAAGAUUCUGCUGCUGGACAAAACCAACCUUAACACAAACAUGAAACACAUUGAAACAGAGCUACACCUUUCACAACAGGCUUACAGGAAGGCUCAGAAACGUAUAAGUAUCCUGAAGCAACAAGUUGACAACUCCUUAGAGAAAGAGCUCAUCGCUCAUCAGUACCUGGCUAACAUUAUUACACUUGCAGAGAAAACCACUCAUGAAAGAGACCAGCUCAUGCACAUGGCUUCGUCACUAGAGAAAGACAAACAGGGCGUUCUCACACGCAUCAUAGAAAGCACAGUCCGCCUUGGUAAACUUCAGGAAAAAGUUAAGGUGUACAAGCGGCAAGCGGCAGUGAACGUUGGUGUGCUGGGUCGCCGUCUCCGCGAACAAGAGGAGGACUUUGCAGGGAAAGCUGCGAGUUAUCAGCGAGAGAUCGGGCACCUGCAGAGUCAACUCAAAGACAGACAGGAACAACUGCAUGGAGCUCUGCAGCAGAAGAGAGAGGUGGAAGGUGAAUUAGAGGUGGUUUGGGAGGCAACUACCAAGGAGAGUCAGCGGUUGAGAGAGGUGGUGUUGAGGAAAAGAUCGCUGAGUCCAGCCACUAUGGCUCCAGUCCUACGCAGCACUUUCAGCCAGUCCCCUGCCAGGAUCCCGCAUGUAGAGGAUCAUUUGUCCAGCACAGUUCCCCCUCUCUUCACCUCCAGGCAAAAUUGCGAUCCCUAUCCUGUACACUCCAGCCCCAUGUUUGAAUCGGACUCUGACCAGCACCAGAAUCCAUCGUCUGAUGAGAGUGAAAAAAACAGGCAGGACUUUUAAUCCUAAUAUUUCCAUAUCCUUCUUAACAAGUGUUUUGAGUUCAUGAAUUCAUUUUCAUAAUUUAGCUGAAUGCUUAAUGUGUUUUCAUGUAAAAUACAUGAGACUUGUAUUGUAGUGCACGCAAAUAGAUCAGUCUAUUAGCUUUGGCAGAUGUUCUUUGAUGCUUUUUUACAUUACAUGUAGAUGUAGUGUGUAAAUUAUAGGUUGCUUAUAAUUGCUAUCCUGGAGAAGGGGAGGACGUAUAGUGUUUAUUCAGCAACUGAACUCAUUUUAUAAAGGAACUGUGACAGUGCAGUUCUAGCGGGCGAUACACAAUAGCACAAGAAUGAAAUGAAUGAAAGAUUAACAAAUCUCCCUCUCUCUCUCUCUCUCUCUCUCUCUCUCGCUCUCUCUCUCUCUCUCUCUCUGAUAAAAGACCAACACAAAAGAUUGCACUGUCUACUAAGGUUGUUCUUUAUUUAUUUUUUAUGAUAAGGACACAGUGGGUGCCACAAUGUUCUGUGAAAACCAACAUAUUGUCAUAUUAUUUGUGUUUGCACAAUUGCAGAAUUCCCUUAUGAAAGGUGUCGGAAUAAAUGCUCAAAUUUAGGA